AUGGCCACAACGGCGACUCAGUACCUGCUGCAGAAUCUCCGAGGGCCGAAAGUGUUCCACGGGGAUAUCAUCGAGGACGUAGAAGAAUGGUUAGCCCAGUUUGAUUGCAUUGCCGAGAUAAACCAAUGGAGCGACUCGGCGAAGUUAAGAAACGUCUACUUCAGGUUGGAGGAUGGCACUCGUACUUGGUACGAGAACCGAGAAGGACUCAUCAAAUCGUGGCUCGAGUUCCGCCAUGCCUUGCUGGAGACACGCAGCAAUGCUGAUUGCCGCGAACGAGCUGAACGGGCACUCCAAUUCCGCAUUCAUCUGCCGAAUGAGAGCGUGACAUCGUACGUCGAGGAUAAGACGCGCCUCUUCCGUCGGGUGGACCCAACCAUGUCAGAGGAAAAGAAGCUGCGCCAUCUAAUGCGGGGAGUUAAGCAGCUAUUUGCUGGCCUUGUUCGAAGCCCACCGAAGACCGUGGCUGAAUUCUUGACCAAAGCAACCACGAUGGACAAGAUGCUACACCAGCGCAAUUGCCUUUCGUAG